CGGCUGCAGCCUUAGCGACUCCAGGAAGAACCGAGCAGAGGGUCGAGGAUCGAGCAAACUAUACAAUGACAGUUGAGUGGGUUUUGAAAAACAUCUGAAGCGUGGUGGCUACAUCUACCUUCUGCCUUCUCCCUACCCUUUGAAAAAGAAUAAAUGGAAUGUUUGAGAAGAGAGCUAUAUUAAAAGAGGAAUAUUGCAAAUGGCUUCAGAUUCUGUGAAUGGAAGACAAGCUAGGAAUCACAUUACAAAGGGGAAAAGGCAACAACAGCAUCAGCAAAUAAAGAACAGAUCCUCAGUUAGUGAUGGUGAUGGAGAAGAUUCCUUUACUUUUGAAGCAAAUGAAGCUUGGAAAGAUUUUCAUAGUUCUCUUCUUCGAUUUUAUGAGAAUGGAGAACUCUGCGAUGUCACACUAAAGGUUGGUUCAAAGCUAAUCUCUUGUCACAAGCUGGUAUUGGCUUGUGUUAUUCCCUACUUUAGAGCCAUGUUUCUUUCUGAAAUGGCCGAAGCCAAGCAAACACUGAUUGAGAUUAGAGAUUUUGAUGGUGACGCAAUAGAAGACUUGGUAAAGUUUGUCUAUUCUUCACGGCUCACUUUGACUGUUGACAACGUCCAACCUCUCUUAUAUGCAGCCUGUAUUCUGCAGGUUGAACUGGUGGCUAGAGCUUGUUGUGAAUACAUGAAGUUACAUUUUCAUCCCUCCAAUUGUCUGGCAGUAAGAGCCUUUGCAGAAAGUCACAAUCGAAUAGACUUAAUGGAUAUGGCAGAUCAGUAUGCCUGUGAGCAUUUUACUGAAGUAGUGGAGUGUGAAGACUUUGUAAGUGUGUCACCCCAGCACCUCCAUAAGCUUUUGUCUUCCAGUGAUCUAAAUAUUGAAAAUGAAAAGCAGGUCUAUAAUGCUGCCAUCAAGUGGCUUCUUGCCAAUCCUCAGCAUCAUUCCAAAUGGUUGGAUGAAACACUUGCACAGGUUCGUCUGCCAUUGUUGCCGGUUGAUUUUCUUAUGGGUGUUGUGGCAAAAGAACAGAUUGUCAAGCAAAAUCUAAAAUGUAGAGAUUUACUGGAUGAAGCAAGAAAUUACCACCUUCACUUGAGUAGCAGAGCAGUACCUGACUUUGAAUACUCUAUUCGGACUACCCCAAGGAAGCAUACUGCUGGUGUGCUGUUUUGUGUAGGUGGUCGAGGUGGAUCUGGUGACCCCUUUCGGAGUAUUGAAUGCUAUUCUAUCAACAAAAACAGUUGGUUCUUUGGGCCAGAAAUGAAUAGCCGAAGGCGACAUGUGGGUGUAAUCUCUGUGGAAGGUAAAGUGUAUGCAGUAGGUGGACAUGAUGGAAAUGAACAUUUAGGUAGCAUGGAGAUGUUUGAUCCUCUCACUAAUAAAUGGAUGAUGAAGGCAUCAAUGAACACAAAGAGGCGAGGAAUUGCCUUGGCUUCCUUAGGAGGCCCAAUUUAUGCGAUUGGAGGGUUAGAUGACAAUACUUGCUUCAAUGAUGUGGAGAGAUACGACAUAGAGUCUGAUCAGUGGAGUACAGUGGCACCAAUGAAUACUCCCCGUGGAGGAGUUGGCUCUGUUGCUCUAAUAAACCAUGUUUAUGCAGUAGGUGGCAAUGAUGGAAUGGCUUCUUUAUCUAGCGUGGAAAGAUAUGAUCCACAUCUGGAUAAGUGGAUAGAAGUUAAAGAAAUGGGUCAACGAAGAGCAGGCAAUGGAGUUAGCAAGCUUCACGGUUGCUUAUAUGUAGUUGGUGGUUUUGAUGAUAAUUCUCCUCUGAGUUCAGUUGAACGGUAUGACCCCCGAAGCAACAAGUGGGAUUAUGUGGCAGCACUUACCACUCCCAGAGGUGGAGUGGGAAUCGCAACAGUGAUGGGCAAAAUCUUUGCAGUUGGUGGUCAUAAUGGCAAUGCAUACUUAAAUACGGUGGAAGCAUUUGAUCCAGUGCUGAAUAGGUGGGAGCUUGUUGGAUCUGUGUCUCACUGCAGAGCUGGAGCAGGUGUAGCUGUGUGUUCCUGUUUAACUAGCCAAAUUCGAGAUGUAGGUCAUGGAUCCAAUAAUGUGGUUGACUGUAUGUGAUUUGCGUUCUGGCCACCAAUAAUUUAGUCAUAUCUGACAGGUAUGAAGGAAAAACAAGAUUUUGAUAUGAACACCUUUCAACACAUUUAACUACAACUAGAGUCUUAUUUAAAUAUUAACUGUUGUGACACAAAAGUGUACAACUUUUGGAAUAAUACCUGAAGAAUUAUUAGUAAUAGAGUUAAAUUUGAUACUUCCUGCUUUUCCAAAUAAUGGAGUACGGAAGGAAGACAGUAGAACUUAAAACCAUAGCUAUCCUGAAAAAUGCUUAAAGUAGUGCCAAAAAUCUUGAAAUCUCUCUCAUACUUUUUAUUUCGGUGAAUCAAAGUGUAAUUUGUUGAGUUUUACCUUUUCUUUUGCCUAACAUCUUUAUGUUAACCUCAGGUAGUGUAUUUUUCCUAGAGGAGAGGUUAGUACCUAUUCAUCAACACAAGGAUACAGAAGAAAUUUGCACCUUUUAAAGAUUGUUUUUACUUGGUGCUGAUGAAUUUAUGCCUUGCUUUUUUUUUUCUAGGUGGUGAUUUUUCAAUUUCUUGUAUAUUUACAGAAGCAGAAAACAUGUUCUGUCUUUUUGAGUGCCACUUGGCUCCAUUUUCAGAAGCUUAUAGGAGUGCUAUAAGAAGCCUUUAGUUUCAGUUUGAAUUGCUAGGACACCAAAAGACCUAGCUGUGCUAACUCCAUCCAAAUGAGUCUCCAAUUUUAUUUUUUCAUCUUUUGCAAAAAGUAUUUGUUUCAUAAUCAAAAGGUGAACCAGAGGAAAUACGAAACAGGGCUUUGAUCUGAUGUUAUUCUGGUGCCCAGUUGAGAGACCUUGAGAAAGAAUGAUGCGGAUUACAUGACUCUAAUGCUCUUCUUUAAUCAUUUGAUAAAUCUUGGAUUCAAAAUCCAAGAUUUAUCAUCUCUAUUUUGCUAUAUGCCACCAUACUGGUUUCUCUGACUAUACAGAAUCUGUAUUUAUUUAUUAACAGAAAUGAAUGCAUUUUUACAAAAACCCUUUUGUAGACUGUAGUUUAUUGAUUAGUUCAAGCCCAUCAUUAACCAAUUAAGCAUAUUGCUGGUAAAAACAGAGGUUGAAAUUACUGUUUUACUUAUUAUAUUUAAAUCCCUCUGGUGUAUUUAUUGAAAUUUAAUUAAAAAUAUUUCUACGUAUUGAUUUGGAGCCAGAAUAUUGAUGGACCUACAGAUUUAACAGCUCUUCAAGGUUUUAACUAGCAUUAUAAAAUGGCCUAUUCGUUAUAUGUAUUUCUUUUAAAAAUAUUUAUCAAGAACAUUAAAAUAUUUUAUUUUGUAUUUGCAGUGCAGUUUGGCACCUCUCUUCCAGGCCUUACUAAGUUUUUGUUUAAUUGUGUCUUCAAAUUUAUUGUGGUUCACUGCUGGUCAGUUAUCUGGUUCAUAAGGAAGCUGGGCAAUGCAAAACAUUUCCUUGAUUCAUCCAGCCCUGAAGUUCAUUGACUGAUAGCUCAUGUGUCUUAUUAAAUAGGAUUCUGGACUUUUACAGUAGGGUGGAAAGCCACAUCACAAAAGCCAGUGCCUGUUGAGUAUAGCAAACCAAAAAAAUAAAAAGUUUUAAGAGGGGUUAGGUUGGCAGAUAAAAGUCUCUCAUGAAGCAGAUUUAAAAGUUUUCCAGAAUGCUAGUUUUUCUACUGUCACCUGUGAGCAAGUUCAUGUCAUUGCUGGAUCUGAUCACACCAGUGUUCUCUUAUGUAUGUACCACCAUAUUUCUGUCAGUCCAGAGACAGUUAACCCUGUAGCACUUACUAGACUGGUGACAACUGGCUGGAUGUGGAGAGUGUCGAAACCUGGCUUCAGCUGUCUUAUUUCUCAUGUCUAAUGGAGUUUGUAUAUCACAGUGCUUGUUUAGCUAAGGUUACUAAUAUGUUUGUUGUAUUUAUUUUCAGGGGAUAGGAUCUUAUUAUUUCUAUUUAAAAUGUUUUUUUCUUUGACAUAUUUCUGUCUUUGUUAUAUGUAAGGAAUUUAGAGGGCAUAAGCGUUAUUAUAUUUUCAUUUCUAGUUUUUACCAUACAAUGGUUAUCUAACAUACCAAGUUGGUAUGCUACCUAUCCGUAAAAUAUGAAAUACUCAUAAGAGAACUAAAGUGUAUGCAUAAUCAGAAGCACAGCCUUGAAGGACCUGACAGCAGUAUGAAAAGAUAAAUAGCCAGGUGCGGUGGCUCACACCUGUAAUCCCAACAUUUUGGGAGGCCAAGAUGGGCGGAUCACCUGAGGUCAAGAGUUUGAGACCAGCCUGACCAACAUGGCAAAACCCCAUCUCUACUAAAAAUACGAAAUUAGCUGGGCAUGUUGGCACAUGCCUGUAAUCCCAGCUACUUGGGAAGCUGAGGCAGAAGAAUUGCUUCAACCCAGGAGGUGGAGGUUGCAAUGUGCUGAAGUCAUGCCAUUGCACUCCAGCCAAGGGAAACGAGUGAAACUCCAUCUCAAAA